AUGCAAAAGAAAUGUCCAAUCGCUGAUCCUAUAUGUGACUUCUGUUCAUGCACAGGGAGGGGAUGCCAAUAUCCAGGAUUGAAGGUGGAAUGGCCAGAGCUAAUAGGUGUGAGUGGAAUCGAAGCAAAGAAGAAAAUUGAAAGUGAUAAUCCAUAUGUGACUGCUUUUAUAUAUCCUCAAGAUCUUUUUUUACUACCAGCCAUCUGUUGUUGUAACCGUGUCCUUCUCUAUGUUCCAAACGACAAUUGCCCCAACGGUCUAGUCACUAACCGUCCCAUCGUCGGAUGAUCUACUAUAUGUUGUUGUUUCU